GAGUUUUGUUGUACUUUGCACGCUGGCUGUGCCCGUCUCGCCGAGUGCACUGACAAGUGAAAAGUGGAUAUUGAUUAGUCUAGCAUUUGCAAUCAGUAUGGUCGUUAUGUAAAAUUAUUCUCGCAUUUGAAUACCAUCUGAAGUUGACUUUUGAACAACAAUGCGGCUUUUAAAUUUUAUUAUAGAUGAUUGUGACUGGACAAAACAAAGUGUUCAUUCAAGGGCCGAGUCAGGUAGCCACGUCUCAGAGUAAACAGCACAUCGUGAUUCAUCGUCCGAUAACUACUGUGAGCACCGCGGCGUCUUCGCAGGCUCAGAAACACAUCUUACUUAGAAAGUCAACGUCCACCGCUCAGAUAGUACCCUUGAACACCACGCAGGGAAAUCAGACCACCGCGCAAGUGGGGAAGCACACGUUUGCGUAUUUGGGAACCCUCAUUAAACCGAAGACACGGGAGUCCGUUGUUAUACCUGCGGGGGCUCUAACGCAAACUCAGAUAACCAAGCCGAAAUUAGUAAUUACUCCAGUAAUAUCGCAAUUAGCUCAAACAUCAACGAGUACCACUAGCGGCUCUCAGAGUCAACCGAAGCACAUGGCGAAUUUAAUAUUGCCGAUGAACAUUCCCCAGCAAAGCGGCACCACGAAGCCCAGCAUGUUCAAUCUAAAAAUUAAUAAUGGCCAACUCAGUACGGAGAGCAAAGGUACCAUAACAGUGUUGCGCGAGUCAAAAACGACGAAUUCAACGACGCAUCCUCCACCGCUGCACCCGAUAACGAAAAUGAGCCUUUUAAGCACAAGCAAGGGUAAUUCUAAUUCGAUAGACAGUAUAAAAAUCACUGAGAAUCCGGAUUCUGCCGUUAUCACGCCAAUCCCGAAAAAGGAAGACAACCAGCCGGAAAAGCGGAAAAAAACAAUUAGCAACAUAUUACGAGGCUCUACGGAGAAACGGAUGAAGAAGCAAAAUAUCCCAAAAUCUCCUCAAGACAGUUUAGCUGAUACUAAUUACGCCCUGAGCAGUCCAGAGUCUGAAGACAAGGACAAAAAGGCUCAAAAUGAUGAUGACAUUACGUUAAUAAAAGUUAUUCCUAGUGAGGAUAAAGUUUCAAAACUUAAUACGAAUAUGGAUGACGAUAUAAAAAUAGAAAUAAUUAAGGCUCCAUCGAACUGUACCAUUGAAACAAUGCCAGACAAUAAGAGUGAGGCGAAGAGUAACAAUUAUGAGGACACGAAAGAACAGUUGAAUACUCUGAAUCAGAACAGUACGAAUUUUGAUGCAUCUAAAGUUUUAGACUGGAAAGACGGUGUCGGUACUUUACCUGGAAGUAAUUUGCAGUUUCGUAUGAAUGAAUUUGGUAUCAUGGAAGUGGUAGACGAAGAUGAAAGUAGUAAACAGAAUAAGGAUGGAAUUGGUGACAAAGAAAAUGUAUGUUUAACACAAAAUUCCUCAAAGACCAGCUCAGGAAUCGUGAAUAAUACUAACGUAGAGAAAAAAGUUGAAGAUAGAAAAUCUAGGUCUGUAAGUUCAGACACUGUGUAUCAUUGCGAAGGUUGUGGUUGUUACGGAUUGGCUGCUGAAUUUGAAAAUCCAAUAUCGUGUAGUGCUUCCUGCACAGAAUUGAUAGAGGCUAAAAAACUUGCAAAUCGAAAGGACAAGGAUCUAAAGGAAGUACGCAUGAAAAAGAAACGCAAAAGGUUAUUGCAAGAACCACAAUGGCCAAAGGAAAUAGAUGAAAGGACUGAUGAGAAGACACAUGACAAAAUAAAAUUGGAGAUCGAUGAGGAAAAAGACGCGAUAGCAGGCAUAGAUGACGAGAUCCAGGGAGAUUCGUCAGAAUCGAAGUAUCCUUGGCAAAGGGGGAAGCUAGGUUUUUCGUGGCCAAAGUACCUCGAACAUUGUAAAGCAAAAGCAGCGCCCGUCAAGUUAUUCAAGGAUCCCUUUCCCUAUAGUAAAAAUCACUUUAGAGUUGGAAUGAAAUUGGAAGGCAUAGAUCCGGAACAUCCUUCUCGAUAUUGUGUUCUGACUAUUGCUGAGGUUGUAGGUUAUCGAAUGCGUUUGCAUUUCGACGGUUAUCCAGAAAAUUAUGACUUCUGGAUAAAUGCAGAUAGCAUGAAUAUAUUUCCCGCCGGUUGGUCCGAGAAGAACGGCAAGAAAUUGAAUCCACCGAAGGGUUACACAUCUGGGAACUUUAAUUGGAAUGCAUAUCUAAAAAUCUGUAAAGCGUCCAUAGCAGCGAAGAAUCUAUUCCCAAAUAAAGGCGCGCUUCAAAGCGUCUUUCCCACGGGCUUUCGCGUGGGCAUGAAGUUGGAGGCAGUGGAUAGAAAACAUUCUUCUCUGCUUUGUGUCGCUAGUAUAGCAGGUUUGAUGGAUUCUCGAAUAUUGGUCCAUUUCGACUCUUGGGACGAGGUAUAUGAUUACUGGGCUGACGCAAGUUCGCCGUAUAUUCACCCUGUCGGAUGGUCUCAUCACAACGGACGCGUCCUAAUGCCACCAAACAAUUAUAAAGAUCCGAAAUCGUUCACUUGGGAUGCAUAUCUGAGAGAAACCGGCUCGUUGGCUGCUCCGGCCAGGGCGUUCAAACAACGUCCACCGUGUGCAUUCAAACGUGGCAUGAAACUGGAAGCGGUGGAUAAGCGGGUCCCGCAGUUAAUCAGAGUAGCAACGGUCGAGGAUGUAAAGGACCACCUAUUGAAGAUAAAAUUCGAUGGCUGGCCGGACAAUCAUGCUUAUUGGGUUGACGACGAUUCACCUGACAUUCAUCCUGUGGGCUGGUGUGCGAAAACUGGUCAUCCACUGGAAGCGCCACUGACACCCGAUAAUCUGAACGAUCGACCGGAAUGUGGCACGUACGGCUGCCGAGGUAUAGGACAUGUGAAAGGACCUAAAUUUGUAACGCACAAUUCGGCAUCCGGCUGUCCGUAUUCUCCUCAAAAUCUAAAUAAAUCGGGACAGAUGCCCGAUAGACUCAAUUUGUCCAAGAACCACGACUUCCACGAAACUUACGAUUACGAGGUGGAGCUACAGGAAAAAGUAAAACUAGAGAAGACUGACAGAAUAAAGGUAGAAAAGCCUGACAAGUCCGAUAAACUUUUGCUCUCGGACGACGUAAUAUUAAUGAUGGAGAAGGACAUUAAACAGGAAGAUGGAGAUUUUUCGGAUAAGAAUGACAAAUCAGAAAAUAGAUCAGAAAAUUCGGACAAAUGUAACAAGUUCAAGAAUCUGCACAGCGACGGACAAACGGACGACGACGAAAUUUCGAGAAAACGUAAGAAAAGACAUCCAAAUUCGGAAGAGCCUUUGUUCUCCGUUUCCAACGUCACAUAUGGCGAUCUGCAUUGGAGUACUGCCUCGUAUGCCGCGAAUGUACCGGUCAAGCAGUUGCGCAAAGAGUUGUAUCAGUCUGUAUAUAAUCCAGGAUAUAAUCCUUUGCCGAAUGCACCACAUAUAUGGGCGAAACAUAGCAAUGCCUUAAACAGAGUAGUAUCGAGGCAAACUACGAAUCCGCGACGAUGGUCUAAUGAAGAAGUGAUUAAGUUUAUACAGAGUAUGCCUAACUGCGCGGAGGCUGGAAAUGUUUUUCGGCAGAACAAUAUCGAUGGUGAGGCAUUUUUAAUGUUGACUCAAGAGGAUUUAGUGUCGGUACUACGUCUGCGACUCGGGCCUGCGAUUAAGUUGUACAAUAGUAUAGUUUUACUACGUCAAAAGGCAUCAUAAAUUAAAUGCAUGUCUCGUUGACUGGCGAAUGGUAUGUGCAGCUGUUGUGAUGGAAUACGUCGCCUAUAAUUUAUUUAAAAUAUCAAGGAAAUCUAAUAUAUUAUAUUAUUUUUUCUUGCUAAUAAAUUUGCAAACUUUUUAAACGGGCGAGCGGGCAAAAAGGAAAUAAAUAUAUAACAGUUACGAAAGCAAGCAUUUGCAAAUGAGACAAUUAAAAAAUUUUUGUUUAAAAUUUUCCAUUCGAUUGAUCAGUAGAGAAGAGUUAUUGCAAAAAAUUAAAAAGGUUUGUACCACACAUUUUAUUUUGACAUUUCUGUGAAUCUUACAAUGCUGUAUGCAUGGCUUCAAGUACUUAGGACCUGAUACGAUGUAAUUUUUCGUAUAAGAUAAAUGUAUUGAAUCUUGUACAAAUGUAAAUAUUGUUUUAAUUAUUAGUAUUGUAAUAAAAAUACUUAUGUAAAUCUUUUCACCUAA